AUGUCCUCCGCGCCUUCGACGUCGGUCCCGGCCUCCCGGCCCAACCCCCCCUCUCCGGCCUCCAGCCGGAAAGCCGUCAAGGCGUCUGCGUCCACUUCGGCCCACUCGUCUCGACCGCGACACGCCGACCCCUACUACGGACAUGAGGAGACGGCCCUCAUGUGCGCCGACUACAUCCUCUCCCUCUUCGGAUGUCCCGACGUGCCCCCGCAGGCCCACCCCGGUCAGCCGACCCCUUCCAUGGCGCACUUCAUCGCCUAUGCUCUCCACCGCACCCGCCUUCCUUCCGUCGUCACCUUUGCCGCCCUUCUGCUUCUUGACCGAUUAAAGACGCGCUUCCCUGCCGCCCGCGGAUCGUCCGGACAUCGUCUGUUCAUCUCCGCCUUCAUGAUCGCCUCGAAGGUCAUCUGUGACGACACCUACUCGAACCAGUCAUGGUGCAUCGUCGGCCAGAAGAUGUUCUCCCUCAAGGAGAUCAACCAGAUGGAGCGCGAGAUGUGCACCUACCUGGAGUGGAAGCUGAACGUCACUGGCGAGGAGGUUGCCGAGUUUGAGGCUCGCGUCCGCGCUGAGCACGGUCCUGUUCGCCGCUCUGCCACCUCGGAAGUCUCGAUGGCUUCUGUCUCUCCGGCUGUUUCCGUGGCUGGAUCGUCGUCUGCCGCUGCUGCCGCCGCCGCCGCUGCCUACCCUUCGCCCAAGUCCACGCCGGACCCUUCGCGACCCAUUCGCCCGGUCCCUGCUCCCUCGAAGCGUGGCAGCAGUGCGUUUCCGUCACCAGCUCACAACGCCUAUCUCCACCCCUCCCACAUCUCGCCGCAGCCCCCCGCGCUGAGCUCGGCCUCUUCAUCACUAGCCUCGUCGCCUGCGUCCGAGGACUGCAAGACGCCCUCGCCCGUCGCCGCGAUUGCCAGCCGAAGCGACCGACGUCGUCGCGCACGGGCAGCAAGUCUUCGGUCUCCGACUGGGCCGGUUCGGUGCACAUGGGCCAGCCGCUGA